CGGGUCACAGUAAAAGGGGAAGAUGAGCGGAGAAGGCCGAAAGGCGUUGUUUGGGACGCGCCCUAAAUGACUGCUUCAGUUCCUCAGGAGGGCGAGGAGGAGGGCUUAUUUUUACUGGAGGUCUUUAAAAAUACUGUCCAAGUGGGCGAGGGGCUGGUUUAAUGGGCGGCCGGAGCUAAAACAUAUUAUUCUUUGGAAAUCUCGCAGAAGAAAAAAAAAAAUGAAUAUAUUCCGUUCGCGGAUCAUCAACAGCACUUCUCUGACAAGUGUGAGGAUAAGCUAGUUUAGCUGCUAGCCAAUAGCCAGCUUAUCCCGUGGGUUGUUGACUAAGUGAACUGACACCGAAGCCGGCGCGACGCUGUAAGGUGGAUUUCGGUACAGGUCUGUUUGUUAUGUGUACAUUAGCUGAGAGCUUUAUCCCGAGACUGACUGGCUGUCCAGGUGGAUUCAGUUGGAGAUGGUAGCUAACUAGCUGCGUUAGCAAAAUAAGUAGCUAACAGCCAACCACAACAACCAUCAACCUUUUCUAUCCACUUAUUUAGAGUUUUCUUUCCAUUAGGACAAGAAAGAAUAUGACCGCCAUGCGUGUGGAUGCCAAGGUGGUCAUGCUUGGAAAGGAGAGUGUGGGUAAAACCAGCCUGGUGGAGAGAUACGUACAUCAUCGCUUUCUUGUUGGACCAUAUCAAAACACCAUCGGAGCCGCAUUUGUUGCAAAGCCCAUCAACGUCGGUGACAAAGUUAUUACGUUGGGGAUAUGGGACACAGCUGGAUCUGAACGAUAUGAAGCCAUGAGUAGAAUUUACUACAGAGGAGCCCGAGCUGCCAUUGUCUGUUACGACUUGACGGACAGCAGCAGUUUCUCAAGGGCCAGGUUCUGGGUGAAGGAAUUGCAGACUUUUGAAGAGCACUGCAAGAUCUAUUUGUGCGGUACAAAGAAUGACCUCAUUGAGGCUGACAGGAGUGCACGACAAGUAGACUACCAUGAUGUACAAGACUUUGCAGAUGAAAUAGGAGCACAGCAUUUUGAGACUUCUAGCAAAACAGGAAACAAUGUUGAUGAACUCUUCAUGAAAAUAGCAGAGGACUUCAGUAACUCAGCUUUUGAGCUCAUGCAAGACGAGAAAGGAGUGGACCUCGGCCAAAAGAAAGACUCUUAUCUCUACACCUGUUGCCACCACUGACCCAACACAGGACAUUUCUGUGUUGUCUUGUGUGACCUGGAAAUACUGGAUGCCCCCCCUUCUUAUUUUAAAAACAAAGACUGUUCUGGAGUAUGUGGGUGGCUGAGCUGCAUUAUGAAACACAAUUAUUUUCAUUAGACUUGUUGACAAUGAAGACUGGAUAAACUAGAAGCAGACAUACUUCCACCUUGCUGAAAAAGGGGGUGGGGGAAAAAAACUGGAACCUUAAUUGCAUGAAAGCGAUCAUUACCGCUGUUCCUGAUGGCCUUUUUUCCCCACAGCAUAAUUGCCUUGAAAGAAUUUCUUUUAGUGACUUCUGUUGGACAUUUUGUGGACUGUGGCCAUCCCAUGUAAGGUGGUCACAUGACCACCAAGUUUACACAUGGUAAAGAUUGCUUGCCGUAUCACCGCCGUUUGACUCAUCUGGUUCUAUCAUUUCACAUUAGUAAGCUAAGGGUGUCGCUGUUGUGAGAAGUUGCUUUUUGACUCUUUUGAGACCCGUUUUGUUACUAUUCUUAAAACAAAUAAGGUUAUGCUUUAGGUUGAUGGAACUGGUUCUAAGUAAGUGCUGAUGAUUUUUGACAGUUUUUUUUUCUUUCAGCUGAAACAGUUAUACCACUACAGGACAAGCUGCCAAUGUUUCUGCUGAUGUGAUAGUUCUCACACAAGUAGCAGUAGAUAAAGCAGUAGGUAAAGGCAAACCCAAGCCUCAUUGUCUCAUAACAUUAUGGUGUUUGUGAGACAUCUCACUGGGAUACGCCUUUAUGUAAGUGUUCUCUCACCAUUUCACCUUCCUGAAUUUAGGUGAGCUGGAGGGUGGGUUUGGUGAGUUUUUGUUAGCUUUGAAAUGAGGCAAAACCUGCAUUGCAUGGAAGCCUGAUCUGCAGUUUGAGGUGGCUGUGAAACAGUGCUGACAUUUUGCCUUUUUUCAUUUAGCCAAAUCUGAGCUGACUUACAAGCAUGUGUUGAAUGUGAUGUUCAUGUUUACAUUGUUAUAAAAACGACAGAAAAAUGGACCCAGACAGAAAGAUCUGCCUUUUAAUUUAAUUUUACUGUGGUUUGUUACAGAUGAGGUGUUCCUGAACUGGGGUUUUGUCUUUGUCUGUGUGAAAAGUCAUCUGAUCUUUGUACAUGCAGCCUUAAUUUGCUUUCAGCUUAUAUUGUGCCUGUACAGAAUACUUAUUUUGGAGGUUAUAUGUUGACAUUUCACAAGUUAAAUGUUUGUUUGUACCAAGAUAUAUUCAGCUAUAUAUGUUUUGCCAGAUAUCCAACAGGCAAAACCUGUGUCAGAGCUUUGUGCCAACUGUGUAUUUGCAGUGAACCAUGUGUUAUGACCUGAUCUUAUGAAUAACCCCUGUGUAAUUGACACUAAAGUACAAGUCUUUACACAACUCAGUCAUCUUCUGUUAUACCAGUAAGUCACUCAUACGUUCUGUAGCUACACUGUACAUACUCCACACUCCAAGUUGCGCACACAAUGUUGAACUACUGUGAAAAGAUGAUCAUUGUUAUCCAUUGUGGAGGAUGAAACUGUCACCUUUAAAGAGUUCUUGUGAGUGAUAAUAAGCAGUAAUGAAACACUAAGAGGAUAAAUGGGAUCAGCUGAAGGCUCUCUAAAGAGACCAAAUACGUUUUUGGGACUGUAUAAGCUGCCAUUUCUUAAGUGUGAACAAAAAGCCAGUAUUAGUUUGAGUGAUUGGUCACAAGAACCACUUGCAUUUCAAUUAUGUCCCUUUCUGAGUUUACUUCACACACAUGAAUACAACACUCAUUACAAUACUUGUGGUCAUAUAAAGUAUGGUGUCAACUGUCAACUGUCAACCAUAGUACAAGUUUUCCCUAAGCACUGGCUAAAGAAAAAAAAAAUGUUCCACCAAGAAUGUGAAACUUUAAGUACUGUCAUUUAUUAUGUACAAAGCGCUACAGCACAAUUAAAUUCUCUCACAAGGCA